AUGGCUACUUCACAAGACGACAGCGGUUUAUCAAACGCUUCAGCUUCUAAUGCUUCUCAUAAUAGUACCUCCGUAUCUCAAGAAAAUGGUUUCUUUUAUAGGCCUAAUAACGACUUUCAAAUUUACAUUAUUUAUUGUAAAGAAAUUACCUUAAAUGAACUUACAUCUCAAUUAUUAAAUAUUCAUUUAUACUCGACUUGUAAUUAUCUUUACUCAAAUAAUCACUUCGAGUUUUAUUUUCAACAUCCUAAUGAUCAAAGAAUUUAUCACAUAGAUUGUGAAAUGAUUCCACAUUCGGCUAUAGUACAGCAUUUAAACUUGAAUGUUUUUGGAAUCGAAUUGAGACAAAAUGAUCAACAAAGCCUAUUGGAAUUUACUAAUGACCAUAAACAAAACCUUGAAUUUCACUUGAGACGAUCCCUUAUUGAUUAUUUGGCACCUAAUAUGAUUUCUGGAAAUGAAAAUCAAAUUGAUGGUGCGAAUAAUACAAGUUUAGUUAAUAUUCGUCCACGAAAUGUAACAGAUAAUAAUCAAUCUCCCACUUCUCAGCAAGAUAAUAAUAAUCGGUUAGUUUGA